GUCUCAUUUGUCACAACAGCGCCUUUUGCAUUUCUUAAAACCCAUGGCAACGACUUUAUCUCCACCGUAUACAUGAAGAAUAUGGUGACUCCAGUGUCAUCAAUCUCUCCUCCCCUUCCUCAUCAACAUCUCCUCUAUCACCUCCUUCUCUACCUCUCCGUGUCAUAAACAUAAAUUUGGUUAUAUAACAUAUAUAUACAUACACAUAUAUGUAUUAUGGGGACUGGUUUCUCCUUCUUUUCUAGGGAUAUUCCCAGUUCUUCUCCUCCAACAAAACCGUGUCUUGGGGACUUACCAGAGAGUUGUGUUUCAUCCAUUCUUAUGUCCUUGGAUCCGCUGGAGAUUUGUAAAUCGGCUCAGAUUAACAAGGCUUUUCGAGCCGCUUCUUUGGCUGAUUUUGUAUGGGAGUCAAAGCUGCCUUCAAACUAUAAGUUUCUCGUCGACAAAGUUCUUGAUCUUGAAAGUUUGCCCAAGAAAGAGUUAUACGCUAAGUUGUGCCAGCCCAAUCGUUUUGAUGGUGGCACCAAGGAAGCUUGGUUGGAUAAGAGUUGUGGACAAGUUUUCUUGGCCAUUUCAUCAAAGGCUUUGCGGAUAACAGGAAUAGACGAUCGAAGAUAUUGGAGUCAUAUCUCAACUGAGGAAUCGAGGUUCCACACAGUUGCGUAUCUUAAAAAAUUUUGGUGGGUUGAAGCCCUAGGUGAACUGGAGUUUGAGUUUCCCCCAGGGAGCUACAACCUGUACUUCCGGCUUCAGCUAGGCAAAACUUGUACGAAAAGAUUUGGCCGGCGAGUAUGCACCGUUGAUCAAGUCCACGGGUGGCACAUCAAGCCGGUCCGAUUCCAGUUAUCGACCUCCGAGGGCCAGCACGCUGUAUCCGAAUGUUAUUUGCAUGAAGUAGGCAGCUGGGUUCAUUACCAUGUGGGUGACUUUGUUGUCAACAAGCCUAACAUGCUAAUCAAGAUCAAUUUUUCAAUGGUCCAGAUUGAUUGUACACACACCAAAGGUGGUCUCUGCUUAGACUCUGUGUUAAUAACCCCAAGCAAGUUCAGAGAAAAGUUAAUAAAAUGUACGUAGAUAUCUAUAUAUAUACACACACAUAUACAUGUAUGUAUGUGCAUAUUUAGAGAAGCAACCCUAACCGAAAGCAUGCAAUUUGUUCUGUUUGGCAUCUUAAUUUAGUGAGGGGGUGGCUCAGAUAACAUGUUUAAAUUUGAACCAAAGUAAUGUGCAUGUCUUUUGCCAUAUUCUCA